GCACCUGACUUAAGUUAAACCGGAUAUCCCAGACACCUAUGAAUUUAUACUCUACUAAGCGUACUUCAAUACCUGUUCGAGUCAGCCGACAUCUCGGCCUGUUUGAGCACUAUCACCUGGUAAUAAGCUCUUUAGUGCUCCUCAACAAAACACUAUCACUUGAGUAUAGAAGUAAAAUCUCUAGUGCCUAGUCUGCUGCGCAGCCUAAAAACCAAACAGACACAGAAAGGCAGAAAGGCUCCUAAAUUUUUAAACUCACUCAAUGAAUAUGCUUCACUUAAUGAAUAUACCUUAGAAUAUGCUUUAAUCACGGCCGGAGGACCUCGUAUCAAUCACAGAGAAUCCCACCAGCAAGAAGAAUACAACAGUUUAUAUAGGAUAGGAGCAUGGUAAAGCAUUCUACAAUAUGAUUGGUUCUUCAUAUGCCAAACCCUCAUGUUACUAGUUAAAGCAAGAUCUGCCCAAAUCAUGUGUUUAUUAGUUUGUUGGUUACUCAAUAUCAUGGGGCUAUUAUAUUUAGAUGGUUGUCUAGCUAUCCCUAAGUGUCAUUUCCACUUUUCUUAUUUUUGGACAUGAUUCAGAAACACACUGACCCAAGGCCCAAGGUUUGAGAACAUUUAAGUUUCAAAAGCAUAUAAAUGUUAUUCCUGCAAGGAGACUGUGUCUGCUAGUUAUGAUUAAAAAAUUCCAUCACACCAAACCUGUACACACACCUUCCUUCCCCGCACUUGGAUGUUCUCAAUUUGCCCCAAAUAGAUAUCUGCCAAGUUACUAAUACACACAACACAGAAAAUGCAAAUUUCUUAAUUGUUUACACAGCUAUCUCAAUUACAAAAACUAUAAAAAUAGAAAAGAAAAACAACAACAACAACAACAACAACAAAAGAGGAAGAGGAUAGAGGAAGGGUAAUAUUGAGAGGGAGAGGAACAGUGGAAGAGGUAGAAAGAGAUGAGGGGAAAGGAAUAGAUUGUACAGGGGCUUGUACCAUGAAGCCGGAUUCACUGGCUAACCAGGUAAGUUUCAGAUUAGUUUGCACCAGUCCUGGGUUUUAUUAUCAAGCAACUAUAUAAACUAACUUCACAAGUUUCACUUGCACUGAUAGAGCAAGAUCAUUUCUUUUAUUUUUCCUCUUUCAUGGACAAGUAUUUUCUUUAGUGUAAAUGCGUUUAAAUUCUUCAUUUUCUUCAAUCUCUUAACCUUCAGCAAAAGAGUUUUGAAUCACGCUGGCUCUCUCACGAGAAGUGAAUCAGAGUUUCUCUCUGUUGCAAGGCAUGUGAUUAGCUGUUCACCACUGAUGUCACGCAUUCAUGUGCACACGCUCCACAAACCCAGGAUCAAAGCCUGAGUUGACAAAGAAAGUUGAUGAUCGGCAUCAUGGUACCAACAAAGCCGGAUUGGAGUGGUUUGGUUUUGUCAACUCGAAACUAAUCCUAUAACCCUGAGUUUGUUCAACUACCAUCAUGGUACAGGCCCCAGGAAGAGGAGAUGGACCAAGAAGAGCUGAGGAUGUAGGAGAAGCAAGAAAAGCUGAGGAUGUAGGAAGAGGAGAAGAGGGAGGAGUAGAGGGAGAACAGAUAGUAGAGUGGAGGGCAAUGUGGAAAGAACAAGAGAAGAAAAUAUAAGACAUGGACAAAGGGUAAAGGGAAAGAAAGGUGUAAGAGGAGGGAUGAGAGGUAGAAGGAUAGGGUACAGACAGGUUUCAAAUGAAAUCAGAGCCACCCUAAUUGACCAUGUCAUGAAUUAUGGUCUUUGAGAGAAGCUGGAGAGAGUUCAGACCAAUAUAAACAUUGUACCACAGUCAAUGUCCCUGGACGAGUGCUGCAAUCCAUUGGUGUCCACUGGGCUGCACAACACAGAAAGGCUCCUAAAUUUUUAAACUCACUCAAUGAAAUCCACUUUCCGCAUGGUUAUCUGGAGCAAACUGAGCGAAAUUGCGUAUAGUUGUGUGAGACAAUGUUCAAUUUCACCAUUCAGCACUGGUGCAAGAGUGGUUUGAGCAUCACCCACAUUUCAGGAUGGUGUUCCUUCCAGCAAAUUCUUCUCUUGGAGAUGGAAAGUAUAUAAUCGCAACCCCUACAACCAUGUAAGUCUUCUUCAAGUGAUGGAAGAGGCUUGUGGAGAAGUUGAGGCACAAGGAUGGAUACAGCAUUCAUUGCUUUUUUCCCCACAAUGCAUGAUUCGUGAAAAUAUAUGCUGUGAUGUUGAUGAAAUUCUUUGACCAUACUGAAGCCACAUUUUCAAAUCUCUUCACACAUUCAGCGAAACAGAAGUCUUUGCGGACCAAACUGUGAAAAAUUUUUCAUUGCUUUCACACAAAAUGCAUUCAGUGACAACAUUUUCCAAAAUCCAUGAACACUUUUGUCAUUCAUACUUCACUAUCUGCAAAACACUAUAUAUUUGCAGCACAUUUAUCGAAUGCUAACACACUGCUUUCAAACUGAUCUGCACAUUCAAACCAGAAUGAUGGCAAACUCUGUGCAUUUCUGCAGGAAUUAUGUUGAAAUAUAAAAUCUUAGCAGAAUAUUUUCAAUGAAAUUAAAUAAUAAUUAUUCCAAAAACAAAUAGUUACGAUUUCAGCUGAAAGCAGACCCAGGUGUCCUAUUUCUAGUCUCUAUUACAGUAGUACAUUUUUUCAGGCAUCUUUUAGUAAAUCUUCAGAAGGACUUUGUUUGGAAACAUGGAUCAAGGAAGCCACAUUGGUGGGGAAAGAAGAGUGUUAGAGAGAGGGAGGACUAGAACCCUCACAGUACUGUACAUCCAUCCAUUUUCCAAACCACUUGUCCUAUAGGGUCGUGGGGAGGCCGGAGCCUUUCCCAGCGUCUCCGGUCGUCGGCAGGAAAACACCCUGGCAUUAAAUGACAACGCAAAAUGGUCUUACCUUUCUGUCACCAGCAGAUGGCUGGUCCAUCACAGGGAUGACACACUUGCACCCAUUCAUAUUCACACUCACACCUACAGGCAAACUUACAUUCUUCAAUUCACCUGUCCUGUAUGUGUCUGGAUUGUGGGCGAGACCCAGAGGAAACCAAUGUCAAUAUGGACAGAACAUACAAACUCCACACAGAAAGGCCUUCUGGCACAUAUGUCAUAUGUCAUUACAUGUUGUUGAUGUUUUUUUGUUUGUUUGUUUGUUUGUUUGUUUUUAUUUUGUUUUUUUUAUUUCAACUUUUUAUUUUUUGCAAGUAAAUUUCUAUGUAAAGAUAUAGAAAAAAAAUUGCUGCAUUUCUCAUUCAUUCUUUGUGCAGUAAUACAGUCAGUAAAAGAAACGAUGUUAUUCUUCUCCUAUAAUGAAAUAAUGAUUUAUGUGAAAAAUCAUUCAAACUUAAAAGAUCAAAUUUGAUCAUUUACGUAAUGUUCCCUGUUAGUGUUUUUUAGAUCAGUGUGUUAUGAAUGACAUGUAUUUUUUCUGAAUUAGAAUUGUUGCCAGUGUUAUGGUGGAACGAGCUUAUUUUGAGACAUAUAUGAAGUGUUUUGUUGGUCAGAGUGAGUUUUGGAGGUGAGAUUAAUUGUUUGGCCAAGAUUCAUGUUGGCAACCCUAUGAAGAGUUUUAAAAAUGUGGCUUCAGUAUUGAACAAUGCUUGUUAGCAAUUGGAAAAAACCACAACAACAACAAAAAAACUGUAAAUAAUAAUUUUUAUCCAAAAACAACUAAUUACAAUUUCAGCUGAAAGACAACCCAUGUCUUAUUUUAGUCUCUCUUACAGUAGUUAAUUUUUUUUAAGUAAUUUUUUUGGUAAAUUGGGGGAUUGGCUUCAGAAUGAUUAUUAUUUAUUUUUUUUUUUGGAAACAUGGAUCAAGGAAGACACAGUGGUGGGGAAAGAACAGUGGCAGAGAAAGGGAGGACUAGAACCCUCACAGUACUAUACAUCCAUCCAUCCAUUCCAUCCAUUUUCCAAAGAGCUUGUUCUAUGUAGGGCCGUGGGGAGGCUGGAGUCUUUCCCAGCGUCUCGGGUCAUAGGCAGGAAAACACCCUUGACAGAUGGCCAGUCCACCACAGACAAACACUUAUGGGCAAACUUACAGUAUCCAAUUCACCUGUCCUAUAUGUGUUUGGACUGUGGGCUAAACCCAUGGGUAAACCCUCUGCAGAGGAAACCAACGUCAAGAUGGAGAAAACAUACAAACUCCAAACAGAAAGGCCUCCUGGCACACCUGGGACUCCAAUACUGCACAUACGUCAUUAUACUAUACUUGUUUUUGAUAGUUCUUUGUUUGUUUGUUUGUUUUUGUAAUUAUUGCUUCAGGAUUUUUUUGUUGUUUGAACUUUUUAAAGUAAAUUACUGUGUAAAGAUACAGAAAAAAAACUAAUUACUGCAUUUCUCAUUUAUUCUUUAUGCUGUAAUACAGACAGUACCAUGAAAAGAUCUUAUUCUAUAAUGAAAUACUGAUUUAUGUGAAAAUCAUUUAAACUUCAAAGAUCAAAGUUCAUCAUUUAUGUAAUGCUCCCUGUUGUUAGGGUUUUUUUUUUUUUUGUUUUGGUCAGUGUGUUAUGAAUGACUGAGAAUUGUUGCCAGUGUUAUGGUGGAAUGAACUUAGGCCUAUCUUGAGACAUAUAUGAAGUGUUUUGUUGGUCAGGGUGAGUUUUGGAGGUAAGAUUAACUGUUUGGCCAAGAUUCAUCUUGGUAAUGCAGACUGUAUGAAGAGUUUUGAAAAUGUGGCUUCAGUAUUGAACAAUGCUUGUUAGCAACGGAACAAAAACUGUAAAAAAAACAAACAAAAACAAAACAAAACAAGAAAAACAUGUAAUUUCAUUCAUGUAUUUGUGUAUCUACAGCUGAAUUUGUUAUCAAAUCAAUUGCAUUUGCAUUACUAGAAUAAAAUGCAGUGCUUCAUUAUGCAGUGAAUACUAAACUGUUUUGCCAACAUAAGAGUGUGUUUAGUUUGCUGUGUUAAUUGUUUUGAGAGCAACUAUAUUCAUUUGGAGAAAUGUGUCAAAUCGUUUGAGAAAAACUGUAAAUUGAAUGUUCGAACCAGGAUAAAUGCAUUGCAGCAUUGCUAAAGUAGGCUACACACGCAUUAAUGAGAAUUUGGCGGGACAAUUGUGCUUAAUUGUCAGAAGAAUAAUGUAACAAUCCCAAAAAUCUUUAUGGUCCUAUACAGGCUUUUCUUUAGUUUUCUUUAUAAUGUUGUUUCGUAUUUUUAUUUUUAUUUGGAUUUUGGAAUGAAAUGUUACCUGGACAUGUUUUCGUUAUAGUCAUGAAUGUUGAAUGUUGUCUGUUCUGUAGUCAGUCGAGAGCACCAUCGGGCGCCAGAGGAACAGUUGGACACCUGUCGCUCACCCACCCCUCCCUCUCCCUCUCCAUGCUCUAUUCUAUUCAGCCCUGACUGCCGGCGUGCAGCUGCCAACUGACGGCAUUAGGUUACACCCGCACGACCCCUCGACCUGUGAGCACAACUCAAUUUUGAACAGAUUUCUCAUGAUCUUAAAAACCUUUUUAUCUGAAGUCUUGUGCAUAAAAUAUGAAUUGUGCUUCCUUUAAUAUGAACUUUGUUUUCAUUUUCUAAACUAAAACAAUUCAAUUAUUAGCCUAUUAUUUAAACAAAUGAGUUGAACUAUGUUUGAAGGAAACUCAGCCAACAAGUGCCCAGCAUAUUGAGAACUUUUAAAAAAGGUUUUCAGGAAAAUAAAGGAAGAGUGUGUGUGUGUGUAUAAAAUGUGGUGCGUGCAAUACACAUAUAAUGGAUACAUAUAGGCUAUAUAAUGGAUUAAUUGUAUCCUACAGUCAUGUUAACAAGACUCAUAUAAGCGUUUGCUGAAGAGAAAAUAUAGCCUACCUAUAAACAUAAACAAAAAGAAUUAAAUUCGGCAGCUUCGCUUAUGUGUGUUCUCGGAGACAGAGACAAAAGCGCGCGCGCCGAUUGGCUGGUGCGAGCACGCGAAUGUUUCAUUCAUAUGCAAAUGAGCUACUAUAAAACCCUUACUCUAGCUUCACAUCGAUAAUAUACCAGUCUCGUUUGAUUCAUACACAAAACACAAUAAAGGAGAUCAAAUAUUGUAUCUUUAGGCUACUCUGCUUUAUUUUACGGACCGAACGGUUCCGGACGGCGGAGCACUGACCAAGCACCUGGUUGGAAUGGCCCCCGCGGCUAGACUCAGAAACGAUUUCGGGGUGGAGGAGGACGAAUUUUAUGCCACAAAAGGUGACAGAAAGACGCGAAAACCUAUAGUAGAGAAAAAGAGGCGAGCGCGCAUUAAUGAAAGCCUGCAGGAUCUCAGGGCACUGCUCACAGAUAACGAUUUGCACACAAAGAUGGAGAACGCAGAGGUUCUUGAACUAACAGUGAAACGAGUCGAGAACAUCCUACAGAACCGUUCUCAGGAGGCUAAAGCUGUGAGUCAAGAGGCCAGUGAGAGAUUCGCAGCAGGUUACAUCCAGUGCAUGCAUGAGGUGCACACCUUCGUGUCCACAUGCCCGGGGAUCGAUGCCAUGGUGGCUGCAGAGCUGCUCAACCACCUGCUAGAGUGCAUGCCAUUAAAUGAGGAUCACCUUCAGGAGAUGAUCAUGGAUCUCAUAUCAGAGCCUUCCCCCUCCAGUGGAUCAUGGCCAGCCAGAGAGGCGCUGAGUCCAGGAGGCCGCAGUGUGUCCGACCUGUCCUCAGCAUUGUCCCCAUCCCCGUCCAACCCUUCCAGUGAGGAUCUGUGCUCCGACCUGGAGGAGACAGAGACCGAAGCAAGCUCAUCAUCAGCUGAGGACAGCCUGAACUCCUCCAUCAUCACACACUCUAAGUUUAUGUGGAGGCCAUGGUAGAAGCACUUCUUGACAGACCAUAAAUCUAACUUCAUAAUCCACCUAAUCCUGUAUUGGAGCAUGCUGGAAUUCUUUUGUCAUGAUGCAGAUUCUCAUGAGGAAAUGGCUAGAGGUUUUUAUAGAGGAUUUAUAUACACACAUGCAGGUUGAUAUGGCGGGAUAUUUCCAUACAUUUCAUACGGAACAGUUUGGAAUACAGGGCGAUAUUUUCGGAUGUUUUUCAAACUUGAGUUUUUCUUCAGAAACAAGAUGACUAUAAAAGCCUUUUUAGAAGUGAAUUUUUAGACUGAAUUGCCUUAAGAACCGUAAUGACUUAAAUAGAGACAAAUGAGAAAAUGCUUUGUUUUAGUAGGGAGAAAGAUUUGUUUUGUUUUUGUAGACCUAGUUAAAAACAAUAAAAGUCACAUUUAGAGACUGUUGAGUAGAUUAAGUCUAUGGCCCUGUGUAGUAGUCAUACAGUAUGUUUUUAAUAUCGAUUAUGUGCUUUAGGGAUUAUAAAUAACAAAAAAUAUAAUUUAAUUGUACUAUAAUUGUCAGUUCAUGGUUUUUAGAUCAUAGUAUUGCAGAACUGCCGCAUCUGGGUUGUAAAUGUAAAAUGUGAUACUUUACUAGUUACUUGAAAAAAGUAUCUGAUUACGUAAUUUGCGUUACUUGUAAUGCGUUAUCCCCAACACUGUUCAUUGGGCCAUAGAGGGUCAAUAAAAUGCUUCAAAUAUUUAUGUAUACCAGUGACUUACAGUGAGAUGUGAUCAGUAAGAUUGCAGAUAAAGUGCUGAGAUUCUUAAUGGUUUCCUAAGUCGAAGAAACUAGAGGAAGUCCAGAACAUUUUAAUAAUCCUUAGAGUUCAGAGAAUGGAUAACAUUGAAAAGAGAUUUUAAUUGUUACAGAAUUCAUUGUAAUUUAAUUCAUUUAAAACAAAAAUAAAGCUCAUUCACCAUUUGAAGAAGCAAUCGGAUGCAUUAACAGAUGUUUAAGAAUAAAUUGAGUCGGGUGAGGGGUCAGUUAACUGUGUGUCUGUUGAGAGAACAGAUGGUGAUGAAAACAGAUCCCUUGAGACCAAGCAGUUUUAUGUGGGAUGCAUAUACUUAACCUCUAAACUAUUUAUUUAAUUGUUAUUUUUAUGACAAUUAUAAAGUGGUGUUGCUUCAUGCACUAACAAUCCGUCAAAUGGUAAACGGAAUGGAACCAUGGAUGCCAACAUUUCCCCUUAAAACAUAUUACCAAUUUUAUUUUAGAUCAAUAGAUUAUUUGGUUGUCACAGGCUUUUAUGUGGUUAUCCUUAAUCAAUUAAAACUGCUGACAGAGAACUAGAAGUAUCUUUUUAUUACAAAGUAGGAAUAAUGAGACAUGUUUGUUUAACUACAUUUAUGAAAAAUGAAAGAUGAAAAAACAGCCACAAACCUAAUGACAUGCUCAUAAAAACUAUCAAACAAAUUUGAAUAAACUAAUGUUCAUUGACUGCAACUGUUUAAGCAGUCGUCACAUCCUUAUGGCUCUUUUUCAGCUUGUCGCACAGUCAUUUGCUUCAAUACUUCACUAAUCAGAAACUGAGAUGUAGAGAGCCAGUUCCAGUAUUCAAACUUCAGCACUAUGGCCACGAAGUACACUCGACGGUACUUGAAAUGUCAGAGAAUAGAAGCAGAGUUUUUCAGGUGCAGGUGCUCAGACAGUUUACAGGAUUUCUGUCACUGGUUCACUGUUGGACAACUGCAGUGUGAACAGAACAUUUGUAUAGCCAAACGACAAAAGAAGAGAUGAAAGGUAGAAAUUUAAAUUUCUUGGACAAUUUCUUUAUGACCUACAAAACAUGUCUACAAAAAUAUUAGUUCCCAUAAUUGCACGUCCCUGAACACCCACAACAAAGACUUCCUGUGCAUGUUCACAAAAAGACACGAGCGCCCUGUAAGUGGAAUAGACUGGUCAUGUAUAUUGUUGGCAGCAGCUUAUUUGGCUGGAAUGGUCCCCAAACUCACAGUAUGGUGGUGUUUCAUUUCCUGGUUUUGAUUACUGGCUUGAUGCAUGACAAUACAUUAGUAUUGGCCCAUAUACUGUUGUGUUCAUAAUAAGUCUGUUACUCUUUUUCAUUUAUAAACACUAUAGAAUAAAUGCUCUACACCUCAUUCCAAUGUCAGCUGGUACAAACGUAGUCUGGUAAUAUGCGUAUGUUCUGAUAUGUGCACAGAGCAUCAUUCCACAGAGGAAAACAUUACUGUAGCUACAUAUUAAAACAGUACAAGAGAACUGGAGAAAACUAUAAAGAGACAGAACCACAGAGUGUGCUCAGAGGGUCAUGUGACAGUAGUUCCAGCCAAUCAGAGUGCACACUUGAACAGCAUCUUUGGGUUAAACAGUCAGCUAUCUGGCAUACUUUUGUCUUUACACACACAUACAC